AUGUCGGAGCCGAAAAGCAUCAUACUCACAGGCGCGAGUCGAGGCAUUGGUCUCGCGAUCGCGAGGUUUCUUUUGAAGGAGGGACAUAGGAUGUUUCUGGUUGCGAGGAGUGAGGAGCCAUUACAGAAGUUGAAGGGGGAAUUUGAGAGGCAGGUUGAGUUUCUGACGGCUGAUUUGAGUGAUUUUGAGGUUGGACCAAGAGUAGUAUCUCUCGCUCUCAAAGCCUUCUCCCGCAUCGACGCUCUCAUCAUAAACCACGGAACCCUAAGUCCAGUAACCCGAAUCGCAAACUGCGACCCAAAAGAAUGGCGAGCAGCUUACGACGUGAACUUCUUCAGUGCUGUUGCAUUCAUCAAACCAGCACUCCCUUCCCUCAGACAAUCUCACGGUCGCAUAAUCCUCACCUCCUCCGGCGCAGCAACAACCGCAUACUCCACCUGGGGCGCCUACGGCUCCUCAAAAGCAGCACUACACCAUCUAGCUAUGACGUUAGUAUCUGAAGAGCCUGACAUUGUGACGAUUUCUCUCAGACCCGGGGUUGUAGAUACGGAGAUGCAGGUUGAAGUGAGAGGGCAUAAGAGCCUGAUGGAUGAGAAGGAUGCAGACAAGUUCAGGACGCUGUUUGAGGAGGGAAAGUUGUUGAGGCCGGAGCAGCCGGGGAAUGUGAUGGGGCGGUUGGCGGUGCGGGCGGGGAGGGAGUUGAGUGGUAAGUUUCUGAAUUGGAAUGCACCAGAGCUUGAGGGGUAUCAAGAUUGA